AUGGAUAUUUUCAUAAUAUGUAAUCCUAUUUUGUCAUUAAGAGUUGUACCUAUAGUUUUAUUUGUGCUUGACCAUUUCCAGAGCCAAAAGAGAACCAUUAUCAAGAAAGGAGAGCAGGAGCCCAAAGGCACUCCGUUAUGGAGAAACGGACCGCCUUCAAAGCCAGUGUUGUGCAAUGCAUGUGGCUCCAGAUGGAGAACAAGAGGAACACUAAGUGACUAUGUUCCAAAGCAUGCAAUGCAGCAGUACACACAACUGAAUGGACUACCGGCAGCAACCGGAGACUCCGGUUCUAGAAACCUAAGCUCUCUUGAUGAGCCAAACACAGCUGGAGCAACUGAGCCAAAUUUUGGAAAUGUUCCUAGGCGUAGAAGAUCCAACCUUGAGCAAAUUGUUUUAUCGCCAAUGGAGCGACUUCACAAGCAAUUAUACGACAUUGUGCAUGAGGAUCCGGAAGAGUUUAUGAAAGAGGAGGUGGUUGGAGAUGUGCUUAUUAACAAAGUAGAUAACAUGAUGUCCACUCAACCAGAGACUGCUCUUGGGGCGAUGCUUCUUAACUCACCACCUAAAGAUCCUGAACACAGUGAGUCAGUGUCAUCUUCGAGCAUCAAAACAGCAUGUGCAUCUACUUCAACAGAAAAUGGUGGUAAUGGUGGUGACUCGACUUCACCUGAAAAUGGUGCCAAUGGUGGUGAACAAGGAGAGUCAUCAUUUACAUGA